AGCAAAUGCUACACAUGACUUUCUUACCACCAUGAUCCAAUGAAAUCUGCUUCUCAUCCAUCCAGUGUCGAAACCUGAUGUUUGGGUCAUCACAGAUAAGUGACAAGCAUGAUCCAGGAGAACAGUUGAUGGCUCCAAACACAGAUUCCCUUCUGCACCAUCUUCACAUGAAAUGGCCGGAGACGCCCCUGGAGGUUGGGAGCAAGAAAAGAAAGAAGUUAAACCCGCUGACCAAUGGAUGAAGUCGCCUCGCUAGCCGUCCAAUGAAGUCUCCAGUCAUCGUCUUGCUGUCCCCAUUCUCCUUCCUCAUCCCUCUGCAUAACCUCGACCAUCUCAAACACCUCCACAUUCACCUCCUCCUCCUCCUCCUCCUCAGUCGCCUCGCUAGCCGUCCAAUGAAGUCUCCAGUCAUCGUCUUGCUGUCCCCAUUCUCCUUCCUCAUCCCUCUGCAUAACCUCGAUCAUCUCAAACACCUCCACAUUCACCUCCUCCUCCUCCUCAUCCUCAGUCGCCUCGCUAGCCGUCCAAUGAAGUCUCCAGUCAUCGUUGGGGUGCCCCCACUCUCCUUCUUCUUCUCCAUCCAUCCGGUGAACCUCGAUCUCCUCGAACUCGAUCUCCUCGAACUCCUCAGCCCCCAGCACCUCCUCUACGGCCUCAACCUCCAGCACCUCCUCUGCCUCAGCCUCAAGCACCUCUUCUACGGCCUGAUCAGCAUCCAGCGCCGCCAGCGCCUCAAGCGCCGCUAAUUCAGCUUCCUCUUCUUCUAAAAACAGGGUCAUGUUAUCUGGAAAAAAAGUCCAGUCCGAAUAAAUGAAAGCACAGGAUUUAUGUGAAUUCAGUCAAACAAGGCCCGGAUCCCUUACAACUUUUUAGAUAUAUUUUCCCGCAUACGUAAUCUAAAAACGAUCCGGACAUUGAAGACCGCGAUGGAAAAGAGUGCGAAGAAACGAAAUGAAUUGGGAUUAUUAAUCAUUAUCAGUUAUUUUUUGUUCAAUAUUAAAUCACGCGGGGCGUCGAAAUUUCGUUUAAGGAAUUAAAUAUGGUAGUUGAAUUCAUGUUAAUGAUAUGCCUUACCAAUAGCAACUUGUUUCUGCAAAGUCAUGCGUUACGGUGUCAUCAUUAUGAAAGCCAAGAAUGAACUUUUAUUUGAUGUAUUCUUUUAAUCAUUAAUGAUCAUAACUCAUUCUCUGUCUUUUUCAAAAUCAUUAUGAACCAAAU